UCGGCACUGGAGGGAAGAAGCAGACAAACACGUGCGGCUCACCAAACUCGCGCACCCUCAGGAUAGUAAGGGGAAGGGAGAGAGAAAAAUAUUUCGCCGGGGGAGGGAGCCUGCCCGAACGAGCGAGGUGGAGGAGCCUGAUUUCCCACCUACCAAGGAAAAGGAACUUCUGCGCGCGAGUCUUGCGUGUGGCACAGAGAAAACCACAGAGAGCGGGAGGGGCAGAGAGGUCCCCGCCCUCAGUACACAGCCAUGGGGCAGCUAUCGGUAAGUCGGUUGCAAAGCCGCCGCCGCUGCCGCCACCACAACCACCAGGCAGCCUUUCCUUAGGCAGCCGGAGCGAGGAGUCUGGUCAUGGCUGGCUGGCCGCGAAGGGCGAAGGAGCGGCUGGGCGGUGGCUUCGCCUGGUGCUUGGCGCUGCCUGCCGUAGUGAUGGCCUUGGCUGCGGAGGAGCCCGCGCGCUUUCUGGAGCCCAUCGACAACCUGGCCGUGAGCUGGAGGCGCUUGUUUGUAGCCAGCGGCAAUCAGUGGUACGAAGUGGAGCCCUCGCUGGCCUGGAUGCGCCGUCACCAGAUGCAGGAGGACUCUUCUGUUAACAAGCUCCUGCUGCCCUUCGGCGACAACCUCCUGCUCACCUGUUGGACCAAGCCGGAGGGCUCCUGUUACAAGCAAGACCUCAGCAACGAGCAGCAGCAGCCGGCGAUCUUUGGGCAGGAAUUGGUGACCUGCCUGCGGCGGGGCUCUGCAUCCGGGUGGAUGUAUUAUAACAACCACAGUUCCGAGUGGCACUUGGUAGUGGCCACUACCCAGAAGCUGAAUGAUUCCCAGGCCGAUAAAUGUACCCCUGCAAAAAGCACCGCCGAAACGGCGGUCACGAUCAAAGGAGAGCACCAGAAAUCAGUGUCGGAUUAUCAUCUGCUGCCGCUGGCCGGCAACAACUUCUUGUAUUUUGUGGAUGCCUUUCUAUGGAACAAGCAUUUCUUUUUCCCUUACUAUCACUACAACCUCAGCGUGGAACCCAAGGUGGUCAUCCUCAAGCAAGACUUGGUGCGCAAUCACGUCUUGCGCCACGGCCAGAAGAUCUUGGGAUGCGCCGGCGGGACCAGAAUCCUCUCUUCCAAAUAUAUUGAAGAGCGCGCGCUCUGGAUCGGCGUCUUCGACUCGGCUGAGACCCAGAGGACUCCGACUUCUACGGCCCUGUGCAUCUUCGACCUCAGCCAGGUGUUGAACAACUCGGAAGGCUGCAACUUCAACGGUUUCGCCGAAUUCCCUUCAGACCCCUCUUCGGAUGAGCCAAGCGCUUGUGACAGGAUAGCCUGGCCGAUCAACAAUUCAACUUUGCUGAGUCACUCUGAUUUGGUGUCAGUUUAUGCCACUGUGGUUCUUAACAAGAUUGUUUUGUUUUUGGGAACAGGAAAAGGGCAGCUACUGAAGGUUAUUCUUGAUGAAAACAUGAAGCCAAAUUGCCCAGAUAUUUUAUUUGAAAUUGAAGAAGAAACAACAAUUUUUCACAAACUUGAACUUGACCCUACAGAUAAGGAUUACAUCUAUCUGCCAUCCAAUAAUGAGAUCAGGAGAACACGGGUUGCGAAUUGUGGCAAGUAUAUUUCCUGUAAAGAAUGUUUAUCUGCAAUGGACCCACACUGUGGAUGGUGUUAUUUAAAUAACAGUUGCACUUUGAAAGGGGAAUGUCCAUUUUCAAAUAACUUGACGAACUGGGCAAGCAUUUCAUAUGGAAGUGAUAAGUGCCUGAAAAUCUACACAUCUAAGACUGACAGAGGUGAGAUUUCUGUAACCGCUGUUGGAAAUUCUGAAGCGCAAUCCACUUGCAAAGUGAUAGAUGUAAAGACCAACAAAACUCUUUGUGAGAAUGAGAAGCCAGCCAUCAUGAACUGCUCUUGUCACCUUAAGAGGGCAGACUUAAUUGGCAAAGUUGUUCAAGUAUUACUCAUCUCUGGUUCUUGGCAUUUAUCAGAAAUAUUUGAAUUUGAUGACUGCUCAUUAGAGAAAAUAUGUUCAGAAUGUUCAUCUCACACUGGCUGCACCUCAUCUGCUAGAGAGAACAGAUGUGUCUCCUGGACUGUGACUUGUACACAAAAGGUUGACUGUCAUGGGAUUGUCAAUGCUUCAAGUGGGAAAGAUACUUCACAGAGCCCAGAGCCUAUGCUCAUUACUUCCAUUGAACCAAUGUGGAUAUCAACAUUAGGCAAAAAUGAAGUACUAGUCAGAGGAGAAAACUUUACAAGAUCUGGUCUUUACAAGAUGCUGAUAACUGGAACCAGUAGCUGCAAACCAGAUGAGAUACCUGUCACUGAGGUGUUAAAUCGCACACACAUGAAAUUCUGUUUACCACCAAGUCGCAAAGAAGCUAAGAGCAUAUGUAUAAAGAAAAAUGGGUUUCAGUGUUCACCCCCUGUGCCACUAUAUUAUGUCACUCUCCCAGUAUGUUCUGGGAUAUUUCCAAAUGUCUCCUGGAAAAGUGGAGGACGCAACAUGACCAUACGUGGGAGGCAUCUAAAUGUCACAGAUAUGGUUACCAUUUUAGACGAAUGGGAACAAAACUUGACACAAUUUACAUGCCACAGAGCUAGAGCUGAGUGUGGUUUUACUACACCAACUGUUAGCCCUGAGAAAAAAACUGCAAGUGUUGUUCUAAAAGUUGAAAAGAGAAAUAUAUCUUGCAUUGAAUUUCGAUAUGAUCCUGACCCUGAAUUUAUUCACUAUGAACUGACAACUGAUUUGGAACCUGACUUGGAGUUAAAAAUACAUAAAGAAAAUGACAACUUAAGUAUUUUAAGAAGUGAGAUUGAAGUUUUUAUGUCCCACAUGAUUGAUAACAAAUUGCUAAAUAUAACUUUCACUGUCCAAAAUAUUUCACAAACUGCAACUCGCAGUAUUAUACACUGCAGAGCCAAACGGAGCCAAAAUUCUUCUGCUAGCAAGAUUGAUACAUCCAGUGUGAAAGUUUAUGUCAAGGUGGGAAACUUUAAAUGUGAAGUUCCAAAUGAAGCACGAAACUACUCUUUUUUGUACAUUCUUUUGUUAAUCCCUGUAGUGAUUGUGGUUGCAGUUUUUGUGACCCAAAGAAAAUCCAAGCAGUUGAACCGAAAACUGAGUGAACACCUGGAGCUGUUGGAAUGUGAGCUACGUAAAGAAAUACGCGAUGGAUUUGUUGAACUACAGAUGGAAAAAUUGGAUGUGGUUGAUAGUUUUGAAACAAUCCCCUUCCUUGACUACAAACACUUUGUUCUUAGAACUUUCUUCCCAGAGGCCGGAGGCACUUCAUUUAUUUUUAUUGAAGACUCCAAUGAACCAGUUAGCAGAAAUCCAGGUCACAAGGAUGAAAGUAUUACAGCAUUGUAUGCCUUAAUUUGUAACAAGCAUUUUCUUGUUACUCUGAUUCACACGCUUGAAAAACAGAAAACCUUCUCUGUAAAAGACAGAUGUUUGUUUGCAUCUUUCCUGACGAUUGCACUACAAACAAACUUAGUCUACUUAACCCAUAUUCUAGAAGUCUUGACACGGGAUUUGAUGGAACAGUCUAGCAAUAUACAACCUAAGCUGAUGCUAAGGCGUACAGAAUCAGUGGUGGAAAAACUGCUGACAAACUGGAUGUCCGUUUGCCUCUCUGGCUUUCUUCGGGAAACAUUUGGGGAGCCAUUCUAUUUGCUUGUGACAACCCUAAAUCAAAGGAUAAUCAGGGGCCCUGUGGAUGUAAUAACCUGCAAGGCCUUGUAUACACUAAAUGAAGACUGGUUACUGUGGCAAGUAACUGAAUUCAAUGUGGUGGCAUUAAAUGUUGUCUUCGAAAAAAUCCCAGAAAAUGAGGGUGAAGGCACUUCUCAGACUAUCCAAGUUAAUGUCCUGGACUGUGACACCAUAGGGCAAGCCAAAGAGAAGAUCCUGCAAGCGUUUCUAGACAAGAAUGGCUCUCUUUAUGGACUUCAGCUCAGUGAAAUGGGCCUGGCCCUUCAAUCAGGUGCACAAGCAACAGAACUUCUGGACAUAGAUAGUUCCUCUGUGAUUCUGGAAAAUGGUAUUACCAAGCUGAACACCAUACAACACUAUGAGAUUUCAGAUGGAGCAACUAUUAAAGUCUUUAAGAAAACAACCAAUCUAUCAGAUGGGGAAUACUCUCACAACUAUUGCCAUCUGAUAUUACCAGAUUCUGAAGCGGCCAAAGAUACACAGGGGUCAAAACAUAAAGGAAAACAAAAAUUUAAAGUGAAGGAAAUGUAUCUCACCAAACUCCUUUCUACAAAGGUUGCAAUUCACUGUGUUGUUGAAAAGCUGUUUAGGAGCAUUUGGACUUUACCCAACAAUAAAGCCCCAGUUGCUAUCAAAUAUUUUUUUGACUUUUUGGAUGCUCAGGCUGAAAAUAAGAAAAUUACAGACCCUGAUGUAGUCCAUAUAUGGAAAACCAACAGUCUUCCUCUACGGUUCUGGGUGAAUAUACUGAAGAACCCUCAAUUUGUCUUUGAUAUUAAAAAGACACCACAUCUUGAUGGCUGUUUGUCAGUCAUUGCACAAGCGUUUAUGGACGCCUUUUCUCUGUCAGAGCAACAACUAGGAAAGGAGGCACCAACAAAUAAACUUCUCUAUGCUAAAGAUAUUCCACUUUAUAAAGAGGAGGUUAAAGCUUUCUAUAAAGCAGUUAGGGAUCUACCUUCAGUGUCUACUUCAGAGCUUGAAGAAUUUUUAACUCAGGAAUCUAAGAAACAUGAAAAUGAGUUUAAUAAGGCUGCAGCCUUGACUAAAAUUUACCACUACAUAGCAAGAUAUUUUGAUGAAAUACUGAAUAAAUUAGAGAAAGAACGAGGGCUGGAAGAAGCAAGGAAACAACUCCUGUGUAUAAGAGCCUUAGUUGAAGAAAAGAAAAAAUGCAAGUGGAUUUCAGAAGAGUCAACUGUUCCCUAACUAUGCUAGUAUUUUAAAAACUGCUACUGUCACAGUUUUCAAUACUGUCCCUGAUCCAGUUCUCCUCACAUGUAGCAAGUAGCAUACAGCAACUAGUAAGUCCAGAUGGGAACCUGCAUCCCCGGCUGCAUCAAGACUCAUCUCAGCAGCUCAGUGCAGAAUGGAAGACUUCUGACAUAUGCAUAUCUCCCUUUCUAGAUUGAAGCCACUGUUGAAAACAGGAUGCUGCACUUGACAGGCCUUUGGUCUGAUACUACAGGGAGCUGCUUAUGUUAAUUUUGGUAGUAAUUUAACCAGUUUUACUGUGUGGUUUUGUUUUGUUUAAAAAGGGCUCUGAGCCACAAACCUGCUUCCAGUUUGUUUACAGAGCAGUGCUCCCUAGGCUAUUUUGCCAAAAUAAUUUCCAUACCCUCAUUGAACUGAGACACCACAGUGUGUGCCCUCAAAGUCCUCUAAGUUCCACAUGAGCACAAAUAUAUGGUCCUGCUACUUAUGGCCUUGGCUGGCUCCACUGGAUACAUGAGGGCCUUGACUGGCGGGCGUAUUGCAGCAUUCCCAGAGAGCAGUAUGGGACUGACAUGGAGCGAAAUGGGACACUUUCAAUACUUACUUGUGGAGAGACUCCUCCAUAUCCUGCUCUCUGCAUCCGGAAUGGGCAGGCUGGCUCAUGUGAUCCUGUUGAAAUUUAUACCACUAUAACUGUGUCUGUGUAUGAACUGGUGGCAUUCUUAUGUAUGUUCUAUGCAUCUCUUCCCUCUGUAUUUUCAAUAGAUGUAAGUAAGUUCCAACGCAAGCUCAGGCAAGCAUUAAUAAGAUGCUUUUUACUUGCCCGGGUUCAUAACUAUUAAGACUCUUUAUUUGACUCUUCUGAGGGAGAAAUUAGUGCUCCUAUUUGUGUGAUUAUAUUUUACCUGCAGAUGUUUACAAUGAUUUCACAAAGUUUAAAAAACCGCACAGGUGGGAGAAUUACCAAAUUAAAUUAUAUGUAUGUUUGCAAAUACAUAAUGAAACACAUUUUCCAGAUGUGAUAGCCAUGUUAGUCUAUUGCAGCAAUAACAAGUCUUGUGGAACCUUAAAGACUAACAAAUUAUACCAUAAGCAUUUAUGGACCAGAGUGCACUUCAUCAGAAGCAUUAAGUAUUAUCCUAAGUUGGCAGGUAUAACCUGGCUUGUGGCAGAUAUUAUAAAAAUGGAUUUAGAGGGAAAUGACUGUGAUAACUGCAUUAAUAUAAUUUUUAAUCAUUACAGUGAUGAUUAACAAAGUGGCAUUGAUAAUACAAACAUUGACACUGGAAAUCUAAUUAACAUCUGCAGUAGGAUAAAAAACCCAUUCUUUCAAUUGCGGCCACAGAUGUUAAACCUGAGUCUUGCAGCAACACUUGUGGAUGCAAUACAACUGAAUGGGAAGAAUCUCAUACAGGUACCAAUGCUGCCAAGCUGAGUCAGAUGUCCACACCAUAGGCUUAGGUCUAACAUAAGAAGAGCCUGCUGGAUCAGGCCAGUGGCCCAUCUAGUCCAGCAUCCUGUUCUCACAGUGGCCAACCAGGUGCCUGGGGGAAGCCCGCAAACAUUGAGUCAACCUUGAAAUCAGUGGGCAUAAGUAGGCUUGACUGUGUUAGAUUUAGGCUAUAGUAUUUUUCUGUAGGGAAAAUAGUUGGCUUACCAGGCACAACACUGUAAAAUGUACCUAUCCAAACAUGGGAAAUGCUAGCCAUCUAUCAAAUCCAGGCUGGCUCCUCUGGUAAUAAAGUGGCAACUUCUUAAACCCAUUUUGUUUGGUCCCAGUUAGGUGUACACUUCCGCACUGCCAGAGGAGGGCUUAGUCCUAUUGGGAAGCUUAACUGUUUGUAUGAUGCUUACCUAGUGUGUCAGUGAACACCUCUAUUAUUAAAUAAAAAGCAUAUAUGCUGGAGGAGAACACCUCUAUUAUUAAAUAAAAAGCAUAUAUGCUGGAGGAAACUGCUAACGUGUUUUUAAGAUAUUUGGUGUGUUUUUUCCCCUUUACUUACUUUAUAAUGACAAUUUGUACAAUGUGCAGUAUAUAUUCCUUCUAUGGAAACCACAAGGAUAGUACCUUAAAAAUAGACAUUUAUUUUGGACAUUAUGCAGAAUGAAAUGUUGGAAAUUAACCAUGAACACUGAUUUGGAAUUGAGUCCCUGGGAGGUGUCGAAGCAGUACUUCCUGCUGGGAUUGUGUGUGUUUGGCUUGCAGCAUCUCCCUCUGCUGAACCUCAAUUGUAUUUAGUGUCAAAACUACAGAGGUAAGGAAAAAGAAGAGAAAAAACAAAAACCAACAGAGCAGAGACCCUGCCAGGAUGCCAAGGGAAGUGGAAAAACCAGCAAAGUGAGAAGUGUGAUCCAAGUGUGAUCACUCAGUUGCAGUACCUAGAAGGGUGGCCUUGGGACACCUCUCGAGGACUCAACUUAGAAUCAAUAUUCAUAGUAAGUUCCAAGCAUUCCCUUCUAAGUUUAAUGUGGGAAGUGUCCAAAUGAGAUAUCCACUGUCGAUAACUUCUGAUAGGUAUGUUAGGUGGCAGGACGUGCUGUAGCACUUGUCUUCUAAAGGAGCCUCUGCAGAGGCAUUCAAGCUAUGUCUGUAGUGACAAGUGAAGGUAGAGACAGAGGCCAAAGGCAGAUUUCUUGGGAAGCAGUAGUAUUAGAACAGCCAGAGUGGCAGCUGCUCUGGUACAAUCUGCUGUCAAGUGGUGAAAAACAGGAAGAUGUGAAGCCUCAUAGGCCGGUGAGAUUCACACCUGCAACCAUGGUGCUAGAGUGGGAUAAGUAACAUUGCUGCUUAAUGUACUUGGAUGGAAUAAUAUGAAGAGUGAUGAGGAUUGCCUAUAGGACUGGAUGCAUGUAAUCUGAUGUCCAAGGUGUGUUGUGCCUUUUCUGCUGGGUGGACAGGCUAGGGGCAGAAAGAUCACAACAGGUCUUGAAAGCAAUGGAAAAGGGAGUUGACCUUUAGGAUGAAAGUAGAAUCUGGACAGAGAGCAACCAUCCUUACGGAGAAAACACAGGUAGAUUGGCUGUGGAAAGAGAGGCGAGCUUGAGCAAAGGUUACAGCCACCAGAAACUUUCAAGGCUAGGGUGGGGGAAGGGGGCUGCAGUUAACAGAUUGCUGACCUUGAGACACUAAAUGGGCAUUUAGAGAUCCAGGAGCCACCUCAGCUGAAGUGUACAGGUCUGUGGCAGGAAGCUGUGAAUGUAGUGUCCUCAGGAGGGAGAGAUCCCAAGGCAAAAAUGUUUAGAAGAGGCAGGGAUAAUUCCCUGGUGAAGUCUACUAGAAAAAGGAGGGAUCCAGAUUGCCACGGUGCUCUGCAGUUGGGAGCUGGGAAGGCGUUGCUAAGGACGGGUAGGUAUCUGCUCCCAGGUUCAUCUUCCAUGCAUUCAGUGGUAGGGCCAGGUGGGAAGGUCUGCCUGUUGACUGGGGUCCUAAAGAUGGGUCUGGUUGUUCCAAUUAAAUAGUUAAAUGAAUGUUUUUAAGCAUGUUAGAUUGUGAUCCUUUUAUAUAAAAAGAGUAAAGGCAGUACAUAUUCAGUCUUUCAUAAUUAGAGAACUGCCUUGCAAAGGGCACCUCCCAAAGUAACCUACCUAGCUUUUGAAACUAAUGUAGCUGUCAUACAGUAUUGAUUACAGAACCUUUCGGUGAUGUAAGCUACUAGUUAUCAAACCAGGCAGGGGAAUUAAAUAGUGAAAUGAAAUGUUUGUGACAAUCUGCAGCUGAAACCAUAUUCUAGCACUGUUACUGCGUAAAGCAAUCAAACUUCCUGUCAGAUGUUCACAGGCAUUUCAUCUGACUGUGAUAUGUAGUAAUAAUUCUUAUUUUUGGAAAUGUAAAUGUUUGUAUAAGAAUGUAAGUGUAGAUGGAAAAUACAGUGCAUAUUUGCAUGAGAUGUUUUAUGUCGAAUACAAAGUAUUUGAUAUUUACUUUGCUAAUUUGUCUUUGUUUAGCUUGCCAUUUUAAUUAUAUAUGCUUUAACUUUUCAAAACAACCAAGGCUAAGAACAAGAUGCCAUAAUAGAAAUUUGAGGCUGGGUGGCUACUUGGCGCAACGUGAACAACGAAAGCACAAAUCAGAAAGUGGUCCUCAGCAUGCAUUGAGCAGAACUUUUGGCAGUGAAGUAUGACCCAGGAAUACCAUUCACAGCCAAACAAGUAUACUGACGUAGGUGUUCUAAAAUUUUGUCCUUGUACAUA